GACACUAAUCAUUUCUUGCGUAUCGCGCUUCCCGACAUAGGCCCUAUUCGAGUGUCAUACAGUACCCCUAACGGUAAGAGCCAUUCGAAUCUUGCUGUGUCAUUAAAAGGAGAAGUCUGCGAUGGCAAGAGGCACUCUCUUUGGCUCAGCAUCUACCGUGGUCUUGUUUCAUAUGGUGUAGACAAAGUUCCUCCCGUAAGGUUUUACGUGGCACUCUUAAGACGACUGUUUCCGUCGCCAGCAAACAUAAUUAUUGGCAAAGGGCUUAAGGGAUGUGUUUCUGGUUCCAUGGUUGUCCUUCGCGUCAAUAAAACCCACGAAUACCGUGUAGGAACGUCGUCUGGUUGUUCUAUGAAUAAGAGUUGCAGCGAUGAGCUUGGAAUGCAAAAUAAACGAAUUGCAAACGAGAGAAUUACAGCAUCAUCUUCAAAAAGUACAGACAACUCCCCUCACUUUGCACGUUUGGACGGCUCAAAGGCCUGGUGCUCUGCGCUAUGUGACAAAUUGCCAUAUAUACAAAUCCAGCUGGAAGAACCAAAGAUUAUUACUGAAAUAAUAACCCAAGGAAGUUCUUCUGAUCGGGCAUGGGCGACAAAAUAUGAAGUCAGGUUUCUGGAAAAUGGAAAGUGGAAAGAAUAUAAUGAGGAGCUAACAGGCAACAAUAAUGUUCAUGGCUAUUGGUCAAAUAUCUUAGAUCCUCCGAUCAGAACACAGUUAAUAAGAAUUUAUCCCAAGAAUCCAAUGACGUUGGAUUACACCCAUCCUAAGCCCUACUGCCUUAGACUGGAGCUGUAUGGAUGUUCCGCUCCAGGAUCUUCAUGUCAGCCUCCAAUUUCUCCUUACGGUUCGACCAUCGUUUAUCCUGCACAGCGAGGAAACCACAAAAAUGGCAGCGUGGUUGUCUUUGGUUGUAAACAAGGCUUGUACCUCACUGGGCUACCAAUAAUAAAAUGCAAUGGGAACACUUGGACAGCAGUGAAUUUCAAGUGCUUGCUUAAGUGCAACGAGGCCUUGGAUAUCCACAGGCACUCCAUUGGAUCCAUACACAGUACACUGAAUACUCUUUCAAUUGAGGUACACCUCAGAAAGGGAAACGUUAUUACAGCGGCAAGUGUCCACCUGGAAGAUAUCAGACGUGAGGAUCAACAGAUUCAAAUAAGAGCACGUAUUUCCAACAGAUUGGUACAAAUUAAUCAUUUUAAGCCACGUGUCGGUGAGGAAGAGGAAAAAUUGAAACUUUCUCGACCAGUUAUCACUCAGUCUUUGCAAAUUUGGCUUAUUUUUCGAAAGGGUUAUAACUUUUCAAUGUCAAGAACUCCAAGAGUGUUUGGUUGUAAGUCUGCAGUUUUUCGAGGUUGCAUCAUGUCAGGCUCCGCAGUCCUCUUCAGGGAAGGAAAGAGCUAUUUAAAAGGGAGUUAUGUUUCUAUCGCACACAAUUCGCUGUGGGAAGUUCUUUAUGGAGACAAAUAUUUAUAUAAAAGUAAAGAUAAAGUACUUCUUGAUGAGAAGCCAAACUUGGACGAAAUACCUGAAGGAACUGCGAUAGUUGGAGAAGAUCCGAGAGGGAACUUAAGAGAGGGAAAAAUAAAACGACUAUGUAGUUCAAUUCAAUGUACUAUUGAAACUGACGGUGAAGAAUGGCAGAGCAAGUUAGAGAACGUGCGAGUCUUUAGAAAAGAACUGUGUGAAAAUCACAUGAUGACCUAAAAUACGAACAGUUAUUUGUUAUCGCCUGGGGGUGAAGAAUUUUGAAGGGAACACGUGGUUUUCGGGGGGAGAGGGGGGAACGGAGGGGAGAUCAGUCGUCACCAUCAUAAUAUAAAGGAGGAACUUUAAAAAAUUGAUUGCUAAUUAACGGCCUAUGAGGAGCCAUCUUAAAAUAUUACUGAGCGUGCCUUAUAAGGGGAUAAUUGCAUUUACAUUCGGUGGAACUUAUCCGUAAGUGACAGUGACAGAGGAUGUAAAAAGGUUCCUGUUAACAUGAACACACGCGUGUCGGUAUGGCGCUUGUUGAAAUUUUUGUACCAGCUACAGUUCAGCCGACACUUACACAUUUGUCGUUUCUUAAUUGUGUAUAGAAAGAAGGAAGGUAAAUUUCGUUAUGACAUAACCGAAAUUCUCCAGCUUCUCCCCUCCCCCUUUAGGCCAUAAAGAGUGACCGGUCCCUAAGGGGGGGAUGUUAGACCGUUCUGAAGAAAAUCUCCCUUUCCACCGACUUCUAAUAAAUUGUAUAACGUAAAGUCUAAGAAAGGAGAUAAGCCUAGGACAUGCUAAGUUAACGGGAGUGCUUAUUUUUUUAAAUUUACAACUAGUGCAAUUAUUGUAAUCAUAGUAAAAGAACAUGUCGAACCUCCAUCCUCAACUUUUUCAAUUUUUAUGCGUAUUCAUAUUAUCAGAGUUGUUCGAUCCAACGAUCGACAACAAAAAUCAUCAUGACUGACACAAUUCUGCUGGGACUACCAGUCAAUUAACACAGGACAACAAAUUGUAAUCAAAUUUAAACCGAAUAUGUUUUUAGCCAUCAGAACAAGUCGAUGUAUCUAUGAUAUUUUACGUGCGUAAUAAAAAUCAUU